ACAGACCUGCCUUUCUGAAGUCAACUUGGUUGCCAUUUCAAGAACUACUGGAAGUCCAGAAUGGUGAGUUUCCAUGGCAAGUGAGUAUCCAAGCGUCUGGGAGACACCUCUGUGGAGGCUCAAUCAUACAUCAGUGGUGGGUUCUGACGGCUGCACAUUGCUUCGCAAGAACCUUGUUAGAAAUGGCAUUAAUGAAUAUCACUGUGGUCAUGGGCACUAGAACAUACAGCAAUGUCAAUAUGGAGAGGAAGCAAGUGCAGAAGAUCAUUAUUCACCAUGAUUAUAAACCACCCAACAUUGACAGUGACCUUGCCCUGCUCCUGCUUGCCACACCGGUGAACUUCACCAAAUUCAAGAUGCCUAUCUGCCUGCAAGAGAAAGAGAGGAUCUGGGAUCGAUGUUGGAUGACAGAAUGGGUAUCGGUUUAUGAGUAUGGUGACUCCAAUGGCUUAAAUAUGAACCUGAAAAAGCUAAGAGUGAUACAGGUUAACCGGAAAGACUGCAUCAAGAGGGUAGGACAGCUUUCCACGAGUAUGCUUUGUGCCUGGCAGGAACCGAACACAAAUGGCAAAUGCCAGGGAGACAGUGGAGCACCCAUGAUCUGUGCUACCCAUGGAACUCAGAGGUUCUUCCAAGUGGGUGUUUUCAGCUGGGGCAUGAGAUCUGGCACCAGAGGAAGACCUGGCCUGUUUGUGUCUGUGGCUCAGUUUAUUCCAUGGAUACAGGAGGAGACACAAAAAGAGGGAAGAGCCUUCACCAUCUCAGGAGCCCCAAGAAGCUUGCUGAUUCCAAUUCUACAGCACCCCUUAUUUCUAGGCUUGGGGUCCCAAAUGCUACUUGCUGCCAUGUUUAUUGGAGAUAAACCAACUCUCUAAGCU